CACUCACAGCCUCUCCUCCUCCCUCUCCCUCCUCCUCCAGCUCAAACUGACUUGAUCACCCAGGAACCCUCCUCAGACUCCCUCUCAUUAUUUUACAGACAGUUUCAGCUCUGCUAUGGCUGCCUGAGCAAAACUUCUCGUCCAGCAGCUUCUAGAGUCCUGAUCUCAGCCACCCCACCCCCAGAGCAUGACAGGGGUAUAUGAGAGGAGAGUUCCCACCAUCCGUGCGAGUGACUUCCAGACCUCCUUCCAGGCGCCUAGCAUCAUGCAUCACCCAUCGCAGGAUUCCCCCACUUUACCUGAAUCCACAGCUACAGAUUCGGGCUAUUACAGCCCCGGAGGAGCCGGUGCCCACCCUCACCAUGGCUACUGUUCGCCCACCUCGGCUACAUAUGGAAAGGCUCUCAAUGCUUACCAGUACCAGUAUCAUGGCAUGAAUGGCUCUGCCGGGAACUAUCCUGCCAAGGCUUACGCUGAAUACAGCUACGGGAGUCCAUAUCACCCUCAUCACCAGUACAGCGGGGCUUACAACAGGGUACAGCCACCCAGCAGCCAGCCAGAAAAAGAAGUAUCUGAGCCCGAGGUGAGAAUGGUUAACGGGAAACCAAAGAAAAUCCGAAAACCACGGACCAUCUAUUCCAGUUUCCAGCUCGCAGCUCUCCAGAGGAGGUUCCAGAAGACGCAGUACUUAGCGCUGCCGGAGAGAGCGGAGUUGGCAGCCUCCUUGGGACUUACUCAGACACAGGUGAAAAUCUGGUUUCAAAAUAAAAGAUCAAAGAUCAAGAAGAUAAUGAAAAAUGGAGAGCUGCCUCCAGAGCAUAGUCCCAGUUCAAGCGACCCCAUGGCUUGCAAUUCCCCCCAGUCUCCUGUGGUUUGGGAACCCCAAGGAUCCUCCAGGUCCCUCAGCCACCAUCCUCAUGUGCAUUCACAUCCUCAGAGCUCCAACAACUCCCCAGCCACAACUUACCUGGAGAACUCCGGUGUCUGGUACCCCUCAGCCAAUUCCCUUAGCUCCCAUCUGCAGAACCAUAGUACCCUACAACACCCAUUGGCUUUGGCAUCAGGGACACUCUACUAAAACCAUCUUGAUUUUUUUUUAUUUUUUAUCAUUAUUAUUAUUAUUUUUUGGACUAUCAUGUUUUAUUAUUAAGGAGAAUUACAAACCAAUGCAUACAUGGAUUUUUUUUAAAGCAAAGUAUAUUGUGUAAAGCUUGUUGCAUGUAACUUAUUGCAUUUCAAAGGAGACUUUUUUUUACAGAUUGACUUUAAAGCAACUGUGGACACUAUGACAAUGGUGCCUUGAAUCUAUGACCUCAUUUUUCCCUCCAGAGACUUUUUUUCCAAUGUUUAUUUCAAUCGUGUAAAUAAAUGUAGAUAGAUGAAUUAAACUGUAUAUUCUGGAUAAAUAAAAUUAUUUCGACCAUGAGGAAAAAUUAUUCUUUGGUCAACAGAAUUUA